AUGAACACCCGCCCUAUUCUGGACUCGGAUACCGGCCCAUUCGUCCUGUCCGCCAGCUUCAACGCCCAGUCCACUUGCUUCUCAGUGGCUCUAGAAUCUGGCUUCCGCGUAUAUUCUUCGCAGACAUGCGAACAGAAGACUGCCCGUAAGUUUGGCGGCGGCAUCGGCUGCGCUGAAAUGCUCAGCACUACAUCCUACAUCGCCCUUGUCGGAGGUGGCAAGCAGCCAAAGUUUCCUCAGAACAAGGUCUGUCUCGAGGAUACGGACUGGCAGCUUCUCAACGAUACUGACAUCAUCUACGAGGUUCAAAUCUGGAACGAUGCAACGGAGAGAGUCACCACAGCCGUGGAGUUCAAGACGCCUGUACAGCGCGUGCGCAUCUCGCAGACGCAUUUGAUUGUUGUCUUGCUGAACAAGGUCAGCAUAUACAAGAUGAAGAUUCCGCUGGAAAAGCAGGCCGACUACGAGACGGUCAACAAUCCGUUUGGCUUGUGUGAGCUGGGCAAGGACAUCGUCGCCUUUCCAGGCAGAACCGUCGGCCAGGUCAAGCUCUUCGAUCUCAAGACGAGCAACGUGAGCAUCAUUCCAGCUCACGAAACCCCGCUUCGGGCACUUGCCAUCAGUAAACAAGGGGAUUUAAUCGCAACCGCCAGCGAGCAAGGCACCCUCAUCCGUCUAUGGUCGUUUCCCUCUUGCACAAAGCUCGCAGAACUUCGUCGCGGCGUCGAUCCUGCGGCCAUCUUCUCCCUCGCCUUCUCACCAAACGGAAGAACACUUGCCGUCACCUCCGACAAGUCCACACUCCACGUCUUCGACCUUACGGCUGCUAUCGCCGGUGCAGCUUCGAAUACGGACCCCAAGCAGCACAAGUGGGGUAUGCUGUCCAAGAUUCCCCUCCUACCGCGCCACUUCUCCGAUACAUACUCCACAGCCUCAACCAAGUUCGAGAUGGGUGAAGAACCGACAGCGUGGGGCCCCCACGCGAAAUCCGCGACUAUGAGUGCAGGCAUCCCCGGUGUACCAGGCGGAAGACCGACCAAAGGGCUCCUCGGCUGGCUCGACGACAACACGAUUGUGGUUCUUGGGGCCGGCCAGGGCCCACGAUGGGACCGUUUUGUGCUGGGUAUGGUGGACGGGCGAACAGCCUUUAUCGAUCACCAGUGGAAGCGGUACAUCGACUAG